AUGAACCGCGUCUAUUUCGUUCUGUGCAUUGUGCUCACGGCACUUGUAUGUGCAUAUGAUGUUAACCCUCUGUUGUCUUUCAGUGCUCCUUUCAAGGAAUACUACCAAGAUGGUACUAGAAAAAUCCGUAAUUGGCAGUGUACUGGAGAUGGAAUCGUUAACGAGUAUUUCGUGAGACUUACUCCAGAUCGCCAAAGUAAGAACGGUGUCUUGUGGGCAGACAAUACAUUUAACAAGGGUGAGUUUGUGACGACCAUCAAGUUCCGAAUUAGCGGCCAAGGCAGUUCCCUGUUUGGUGAUGGAUUUGCAGUGUUUUUUACGAAGCAUCGCAGCCCCAUUCCUGGAAAGAUGUAUUCGCUAACUGACGUCUACUAUGGAUUCGCCGUGGUGUUCUCCACCUUCCGAAACACUGAAUUCUCUCGCUAUCACCGCGAUAUCGCUAUCUACCUCGGUGAUGGCUACUCCAACGCCUUCACGCAAGACAAAGACCACACCGGCUGCUACGCCCGCUACCGCUUCCACGAGAAACGCCAAGACUUCUCCGUGGACAACUACGCGGUGGUGAAGAUCGGCUACUCGGAAUCCACGGGGCUGGUGCGCGUGGCGAUCGACGAGAAAAACACGGGGAAGUUCACCACGUGCUUCACCGAAGCGACGCAUUUCGAACCGGGCUGGUGGAGAGAAGCGACCAUCGGGAUCAGCGCCACGACCGGGCAGCUGGCGGACAACCACGACAUCCUGUCGGUGGAAACCGUGGAAGGCGAGGGGGACCCGGACAAGGUGGCUGUGAGCGUCCCGCGGGAAAUCAAGGAGCUGGAGGAGGAGGAAAGCCACACGUUCCGCGAGAUGAUGACGCGGUACAGCGUGAAUGAAGCGGCGCUGAGCGACUCGGCGAAGAAACUGCUGAAGGCGAUGGAGCGCGUGGACCAGCGGCGUCAUUUGGGGCUGAAUAAGAUGAAGCGAGAGCUCGAGCAUAAGAUCGUGGCGGUGGAUGAGUCACUGAACAACAUGAUAAAGAAGCUGCAGAAGUCGAGCGAUCUGUCGGAGAGCCGGAUUCGCGAGGUGGAAAGCUCGCUGAAGUCGGAAGUGUCCUCGCUGAUGAGCAAGAAGCUGGAUGAGCGCGUGCGAAUCGUGGAGGAGGCGUUUAAUAAGUCGCUGAAGGCGGCGGUCAAGCGAAGCAACACGGCGUGGAUGAUUCCGUUCGCGCUGGUGGUGGUCGUGAUCGGAGGAGUGCUGAUUGUAGUCUAUGGCAAGUACCGAACCGCGCAGAAGACUCAUCUUUUGUAAACGUCUGUGGGUAGAGUU